AUGGCCGUCACGUGGAAAACUUUGCUUCGAUGGAAUACGGGCUACAGUGCAGACUCCGUAGAAUGGUGUCCAUUGGUCCCUUAUCAGGAUGUGCUAGUUUGCGGAACAUACCAGCUCGAUAAAAAGGACGAAGAUCAAGGAGAGAAUAAUAAGAAACAGACGCGACUCGGUAGAAUAUAUCUGUUCGUAAUCGACGAAAAUUCUAAGGAGCUUUGCCCCGUUCAAACCAUCGACACCGCGGGUGUAUUGGACCAGAAAUGGUGUUAUCAUCUCGUCCAGGACUUCCCGGUGUUGGUCGCGGUCACCUCCGAGGGUUAUAUCCAGCUCUACCGAUUACGGAGCGCUGAUGGCUCGUUGAAAUUGGAGUUGUGGCAGGAAGUUUUGAUCGGAGAAAGCGUUCUGGCACUUUCUCUCGAUUGGUCUAGUAACAAGAGUGGUUCUGCGGAGCCUAUGCUCGUGGUCAGCGAUUCUGCGGGUGCUGUGAGGGUGCUGAAGGUCGCCGAAACUGGUUUGAGGGAGAUCUUCGCCAGGCAGGCGCAUGGAUUCGAAGCUUGGGUGGCGUCAUUCAAUUAUUGGAACACAGAUGUAUUUUAUUCGGGAGGGGAUGACUGCCUCUUUAAGGGAUACGACAGGAGAGCGCCGGAUGCAGUCAUCACCAACAAGAGCCACGAAGCUGGUGUUACUGCGAUAAGGGGCGAUGUGGAGUCUGAACAUCGUAUUUUGACGGGCAGCUAUGACGAGAAGGUGCGCCUAUGGGAUGCGAGGAGCCUCAAGAGUUGCAUCUCGGAGACCGAGGUGGGUGGCGGCGUGUGGCGGCUGAAAUGGCACCCGAGGGCCAAGGGUGUGGUCUUGGCCGCCUGCAUGUACGGCGGCUUCAGGUUGCUGCGUUUAGAGGGGGACGGGGGUAUGCGCAGUGAGGGUGCGGGAGGGAGACAGCUGCACGCCGUCUGCGAAUAUCGGCAGCACGAGAGCAUCGCUUACGGCGCCGACUGGAAUCACCGAAACGGCCUGGUGGCCACGUGCUCCUUCUACGACUGCAGAAUGCACAUCGGCGAGAUCCUCCUCGAA